CAGCCACCACGUGGUGAACGUUUGCCCAACGCUACGCGUAGUGCCCCCACUCGACGACGCCUCGUGAACGGCUUGCUGCGGAUUACGCUCAGGUGCGGACAGGCACCAGGUGUGCUGGGGACGCAACGCACAGGACCCCACACGAGGCCAGAACGCACGGACACAGCCUCUAAGCGUCCUGAAAUCCUGACGCGCGGGGCUUUGCGAAAUACACAGGAUCACAGUAUCGCGCCCUAAUUUGUGUGGCCACCAUAACCGAACUUUGACCGCGGUUGGUGUGUUCCCGUUUGUGUGUGUGUGUGUGUGCGAGUACAUGAGAACGACCGGGGUGUUUAAUUAGUGGACACUAGUGACUCCGGCGCCCCCGGCAAAUCCGGCUCUGAUUUUUCCGGUCCGUUUUGAAGGCGAGGCGCCCGAACUUUCAAACAUCUCAACGGUGGAGCAUGCGGAAUAUGGCACCAAGCACCAGAAUGCAAUAUCGCAAAGUAACCGAAAUGUGGGCCUCGGCUGUGGCUCUCACUUUACUGAUUAUAGUUUUCACGGCUUCGAUCGACACCACAUCGGCCCUUAGUUACCGAGGCUACAAACAGGAAAUGAAAGAACAACCGGACGACGUACUGAUCGAUUUGAUUGCACGAUACGGACACACGAUGCUUCGGGCGAAAGAUGAAUUGGAAAAUUCCAAGCGAACGGUUGACUUUGGACUUUCGCGAGGCUACUCGGGUGCGCAGGAGGCAAAACAUCGGAUGGCCAUGGCGGUCGCCAACUUUGCCGGUGGCCCCGGGAGGAAAAGAAGAUUCGAGGGAAUAAUGCUGUAAAUUGCAACAUUUGAUGCGAGCCAACCUAUUUCUGUCAUGUUAUCAUGAAUAAAAAAAAAGUGCAAUACGAUCGAGUAACGGAAACACGACGACGAAUGAGCCUCACAACACAAUCAAUUCGAGCAAUACAACCGCUUUUUGUCUUCUGUCUAAUGUUGAACGUAGAGUUUAAAUAAA